UAUAGGUUUUCUUUCAUUUCCGGGACGUUCACGAAAUCUCGACUUUUGCAAAAUGACGGAAGUUUUUAGAGAAUCCGACGUAAAAAACAACACUGAUAAAUCAAAGACUCUUAUGGUCAUUCACGAUAAUGUUUAUGAUGUUUCAAAGUUUCUUGAAGAGCAUCCUGGUGGAGAAGAAGUAUUAUUAGAGCAAUCAGGUCGAGAUGCCACUGAAGCCUUUGAGGAUGUUGGCCACUCAACUGACGCAAGAGAUCUUAUGAAAGAUUACAUUAUAGGAACAUUACAUGAGGAUGACAGGAAAUCCAUACCAAUUAAGGAAAAUACAACAAUAAACGCACCUUCAUCAAGCCAGGGGAGUUCCUUGACUGGCUGGCUGAUUCCAUUUGGUGUUGCAUUGGCCGCAGCUCUUGUUUAUAGAUAUUUUAUGUCACAAAACAAUUAACAAAUGUCAUAGUUCAGUUUUUAUAGUUUUAAAAGAAGAAUGUAUGAACGGAAAGUAAUGUAAAUUGUGAGGAAAUAUCGACGGUUGUUGAAAUUAUUUAUUAUGUAAAGUAUGAUCAAGAUAUAGGGAUCAGUCAUUUUUUCAUCUGUUUUUGUUGCCUUUCUUUUCAGAACAUUGCUUUUUAAAGAAUUAUUUAUACUUUCAAGAUAAAAUAAGUUAAAUUUUUUACGUUUAAUGUUUUUGAAAAAUGACCAUGACUGUUAUUAAUGGCACAAUUUUGCAUUUAAUUUUUUGUACAGAAUGUGCUAAAUUAUGAUCAGUAAUAUUUUUACUAACACUAUUGAGGAAGAAACUAAAAAGGUUAUAAUGAGGAGAAUUUGUUUGAUAUUUUGUUUAGCAGAAUAGAAUGGUGUAGCUAAGAUAGAUUUUAAUUUUAAUCUUGAAUCAUCUUAAGAACUGUGAACAUUUAGUUUUAUAUAUCUCGACUAGAAUAUAAUUUAUACAAUCACACCAUAACAUAAUUGGCUAAAUUUUAUUUGUUUUGUAAACUGUCAUUAAUGAUAGGAUUUUUGUUUAUGCUUUUAUAAAAGUUCUUUAUAGUUUCAUAUAUUAUCAAGUAUUAUGAAUUUGUAUUUGUAUAAUACAAUUUUUAAAUGAGAUAUAUAUUAUACAUAUAAUGGUAGAUAGUGUUACCAGUAAUUAGUUAAACAAUAUUUAUCCUUUUCUUUCUGUUUUAAGGAAAAUUCUGCUUUGAAAUUCAUUUAUUUUUUUGUUCAGAUUUUCGUCAAGUUAUCACAUUGAGGAUUGCAAAAGAAAACACUUCAAUAUUCUGUUUCACAAAUUAAAGAGUUUAAAAACAUGAAAAAAAAUGUACUUAAUCAUUCAUUAUGCUGAUUUAUGUUGUGCAUCAUCAUUUAACUGGAACAACUUGUAGCAUAUUUCAUUCAAGAAGUGAAUAAAUAAAUAAAAUAAUUUAAAAAAUAAGUCUGCAUUGUGCUUUAUAGUUGUCCAUUAUCAUAGCUGUGUUUGUUACACAAAUCAAUAAUCUGUGGUACUGUGAAAUGUAGGUAUGAUGAAACUUGUGUAUUUUUAUAUCGAUUCCAACAUGUAUCAGAAUAAAAGUGAGAAGCAGAAUGAAUCAUUGUAUGUGCUAUUCUAUUAUGAAGCUUACAAUCAGAAAUAAAGACAUUUGCAAUUUA